AUGGACUUCGAAACAGGAAUGCUUAUAUCAAGAUGUCAGCAAAAGUAUGGCUAUCUAGAGAUGGACAUGCCGUCGAGUAAGACGGUCUUUUGCACGUUCGCUAUAAUUUGGGGUGCGAUACUGCUGGAAGUAUUCUCUAAUGCGAGAUUGACCUGCUGUGGCUUUGAGACUCAUAAAAAGGACGACGAAGAGGCUGUACCAUCUGCUACAGACUCCAGAGUAGAACUAUCUGCUAUGACUGUCCUCGAGCAACCAAAACCGCGAUCUGAGCCACACGUUGAACCGCAGCCGACGCCCAACAGCGAUGACCAGACGAUAAUGGACGCACCACCAGUAGAAGGAAAGCCAACAACGUUUCCCUUCUGCUGUUACGAUAACCCAUCCCCUUCCAUCCGCGCAAAUCGUCUUGCAAGUUCAACCCUCCUUUUCGGUCUCAUCCUCACCGCAUUCAUCAUACGCAUUCGAGAGGCAACAGUGCCACCAGCGAUAAGUGCCAGAUGCUUGCGUCUCCUCAACAUACCUGCCCCACACUGGCACGUCAUCACCAUCCUCAACAUCAUACCCUUCGUAUGCGCUAGUUUCGCAUUCCUCCGGACACUGGUGGAUGGUGUGCUGGUGCGAUGGGGUAAAGGACUCACGUAUAAAUUGAACAAUGGACGUUACUUGUGGACACCUUGUAUGCCAUUUAUGCUGGUAUUUAUUGUUCUCUACGCCGUUGUGGAGUGUAUUAAGAUUCCGAUUGCAUUUUUGAUGGGCCAUCGAGAAGUGUCGCUGUGGACUGCAAAUAGUGUGGAUAAGGGGAAGGGGAGAGCAGUGGAUAUUGAGAUGCAGGAUGAAGAAGCACAGCGUCUCGUUGGUAAUAUGGAUGGACCUGUGGAUGUUGACGAUGAGGAUCUUGAUGGACCGCCGGCUUAUCAUGAGGUGUAUAGUCCCAGAGUGUCGACCGAAAGGAAACAUGCGUUAGACAAAUAA